AUGAGAACUGGCUUUUUUGUUUGUUUUGCAGUGUUUUCUAGUGUGGUUGCUUCAACUACAAAGAACAAAAGAGGCCUCUUCCAAGAACCACUGUGCAAGGAAAACGAGGAAUUUAAGGUCUGUGAGACUUGCUACAGGAGCUGCGAUAAUCCCAAACCGUCCUGCUCCGACCAGUGUGAGAAGGGGUGCUUCUGUAAAGAAGGCUUUAUGAGGAAUAGAGAAGAGAGAUGUGUGACUAUGAAGGAAUGUCCAAGCGGAAACGGAACAGAAGCAAGAAACAUCUCUUGCGGUCUCCACAAAGCGUUCCGGGACUGCGGAGGAUGUGAGAAAACUUGUAGCGAUCCUGACCUUUCAUGUGCGGUUCCGUGUCGAAUGGGCUGCUUCUGCGAGGAAGGCUACGUAAAACACCCAAAUGGAAACUGCGUUAAGAUUGAAGAAUGUCCAGAAGAGGUGACGCAAGUCGGCGUGCUCGAGGAGUCUGUGGAGCAGUGCGGGUCGGAGGAGGAGUUCGUGUGGUGCGGGUGGUGCGAGCCCAGCUGCCGGCAGCCGGCACCGCGCUGCCCGCUGGUCUGCACGCGCGGCUGCCAGUGCCGCCCGCCGCUGCUGCGAGACCGCAACGGACGCUGCGUUCGACACACGGACUGCAUAGCGCGUGAGCAAUCACAAUUUUUGACUUAA